AAAAUUCAAGUCAUUCUCUGUUCACCUUCCUGUCAAGAAUUAAAGAAAAUAUAAAAUGGUUCUAUAUAAGGAGGAAUUGGCAGAAAACAUUGACUACACCUUGGAAGAGGCUGACUUCUAUGUGCGUUAUAAGAAAUUGCAACUACAGCUGGAACUGCUGCAAGUCCAGGAAGAUUAUAUCAAAGAGGAGCAGCGCAAUUUGAAAAAGGAGUAUUUGCAUGCCCAGGAGGAGGUGAAACGGGCCAAGGCUGUGCCCUUGGUCAUUGGUCAAUUCCUAGAGGCUGUUGACGAGAACACUGGCAUCGUUGCAUCCACCACAGGCUCAAAUUAUUACGUACGCGUCUUGUCCACCAUUGAUCGGGAACAAUUGAAGCCAUCGGCUUCAGUGGCCUUGCAUAAGCAGAGUAACUGUUUAGUGGAUCUAGUGCCACCAGAGGCGGAUAGCACCAUCUCAAUGCUGACGCCGGAAGAGAAACCGGAUGUGAGCUACUCGGAUAUCGGCGGACUUGAUAUGCAAAAGCAAGAAAUUCGUGAAGCCGUUGAGUUGCCGUUAACACACGCUCAUUUGUAUAAACAAAUUGGCAUUGAUCCGCCCCGUGGAGUGCUGCUUUAUGGCCCACCGGGAUGUGGUAAGACCAUGCUGGCCAAGGCGGUGGCCAAUCAAACUACAGCCGCUUUCAUUCGCGUUGUGGGAUCGGAGUUUGUGCAGAAAUAUUUGGGCGAGGGACCGCGUAUGGUGCGGGAUCUUUUCCGACUGGCCAAACAGAAUGCACCAUCGGUCAUAUUCAUAGAUGAAAUCGAUGCAAUUGCAACAAAACGUUUUGACGCCCAAACCGGCGCUGAUCGUGAAGUGCAGCGCAUUUUGUUGGAGCUGUUGAAUCAAAUGGACGGAUUCGAUGAAACAACCAACAUUAAGGUUAUCAUGGCUACCAAUCGCGCGGAUACUUUAGAUCCGGCUCUACUGCGUCCCGGACGCUUGGAUCGUAAAAUUGAAUUCCCAUUGCCGGAUCGUCGUCAAAAGCGUUUAGUUUUCACCACCAUAACGGCUAAAAUGAAUCUCGCCGAAGAUGUCGAUCUCGAGGAGCUUAUAGCUCGUCCAGACAAAAUCUCAAAUGCCGAUAUUAAUGCUAUUUGUCAGGAGGCUGGCAUGCAUGCAGUUCGAGAGAAUCGUUAUAUUGCAUGCUCGAAAGACUUUGAAAAGGGAUAUAAGACUAGUGUACGCAAGGAUGAAGCUCAGCACGAGUUUUACAAUUAAUUAGAGUAUGCGUACAUAUAUAUUAACUAAAUAUAAUUAAAUCAGUCAAUAUGCAUUAAAA